AUGGCCAAAGAUAUAUCAUGGUUUGCGUGGAUGGUGAAUAUCCUUAUGGAGGCAAAAUGUGAAAUGGUUGACACACUUUUUAUGUAUUAUUUGAUAAUCUACAUGACCCAACAAUUAUUUCUAUUUAUUGCAAUGGCUCUCCAAUUAAUCAUCAAAAAACUUCCCGGCUCUUAUUCGGAAUACGCAAUCGCCACCCACACAAAAUACAUCGGAGCUGUCAAACUGGUCCUGGGAAUUAUCGGUGUGAUCUGUUUCUUAAACAAUUUAAUAAAUGCUGUGACCUUGACAGUGUUCCUCGGAAUUGAUAUAUUUUUGGUGCCAGUGGUAAUACAAGUCACAGAAAUUAGGGCUGAUCCGAAUGUUAUUAAGCCUGUUAAAUUUCAGAAGACACCGGAGAAAAGUUGA